CUUCUCCCAAAUGGACAAGUCAAAUUCGCAUCAACCCCUACCACCGGCCUCGACAUUCUGAUAAGAUUCCGUGCCGUUGAAUUCUAGCUGGGAUUUCGCCGCACCGAGAAAACUCAAUGCUUCGACGCUCCGCCCAAGCUGACAUUCUAACACUUCCUUGACACGAGCCUCACACCUUGUAGCUACUGCUCCUAGUACUACUACUAUACAACCAACUUAAUUAUCUUCUCAGGUCGAACAUGUCUUCCUCCAAAUUGAACAUCGACCCUCCUCUCCUCAACUCCGCCUGCCCGUGGUCCACCACCCUCGAGGACAUCAAAGCACUCUACGACUCGCCCUACACCGGCGCCGUGACCAUCCGCACCUCCCUCCUCGAAGGUUUCACUCACGAUGACUCGGUGCACCAAUACACGUUCUUCACGCCCGGUACCACCAUCCCGGCCAAAGCACCCAAGGGCGAGGAUUCCAAACCCUCGGCCUCGGCCCAGACAUCGUCCGCCGCGGCCAGCCCAAUAUCAACCCUCAACACGCUAGGCUACUCGCCCUUCACCCUCUCCGAGUAUCUGGGCUACAUCAACGAGAUCGUCGGCCAACGACACCUGGGCACCGACACCCCAACCAAGAAGCCCUUCAUCCUCAGCGUGACCGGCACACCCGAUGAGAUCGCCAUGGCCUACGCCCUCAUCGCCAACGCCGCCGAAAUGGACGAAGACCUCCGCCUGGCCAUGGAAGUCAACCUCUCCUGCCCCAACAUCAAAGACGCGCCUCCCCCAGCUUACGACCCCGUCCAGCUUGCCGAAUACCUCGAGGCCAUAUCCGACUCGAAAUCCACGUACCGCGGACGUAUGGCCACGCCCGAGUCCGUGCCCAAGGUCGGUGUCAAGCUCCCGCCCUACACGCACACGGCCCAGUUCGAAAUGGUUGUCUCCGCCAUGCAGAAGGCCCAGUCCAGCGAGCCCGGCGAAGGCUGUGUGCUGGACUUUAUUACGUGCACAAACACGCUCGGCUCGUCCUUGUUGUUGGAUUCGGAGUUGAAUCCCGUCUUGAACGGCGAGUCGGGCACGGGGAUCGGUGGAAUGGCUGGUGCCGCGUUACAUCCUCUGGCGCUGGGCAAUGUUGCGACGUUUCACGAGUUGUUGACUCGGCAGCCUGAGACGAGAGGCGUUGCUAUCAUCGGCGUUGGUGGUGUCGAGGAUAAGGCUGGUUACGAGAGAAUGCGGAAGGUUGGGGCUCAGGCUGUGGCUUGUGCGAGUGCGCUGGGACGAUAUGGUGUGGCCGUCUUCGAAAAGAUUGCCAAGGGCGAUUAAAAAAUCUCGCCUUGAAUCUGGCCGACGAACCCUGAUGACAAAAGUGGCUGUUAGAGAAGCCGAGGGAGUCGAGGGAGUCGAGGGUAGGUCGGGCCUGGAGAUGACUGAGAUGGCCAGCUCGAGUGGAUUUUUUCCUGAAGCACAUACGACGGUAUAGUGAAAGCCCUUCCCGACAUCGUGAAUCUGGAGUGGUGAAGGGGCUUAGAGGAAGAAACACUUGACCAUUCUGCAUCUCCUACAAGUUCGCAAUGCUCCGUCAGAGGUGGCUUGGCUGCGGCCUGCAAGAAGCAGGAAGUUAACUUGAUGCUCUCGCAUAUCCAAGUCCACGAGUCUCAAGGAUACCGACACGGAAAGACACACGAGCCAGAUAUGAUAAGACGGACUGACAAUGAAAGAAAUAGAGACUUUUAUGCAUAUCACGCUAAUAGG